AUGGCGGUGGCUUUGGAUGCGAUCCUCGCUCGGAUCAAGGAUGUUUGUAAAAGGAACGGUUUGCUCAUCCUCUCGGUGCUGUCGGUCACCAUUGGCUGUCUCCUUGGGUUCUUCCUCAGGACGAGGCGGCUCUCCCAGCAGGAAAUCAGUUAUUUCCAGUUUCCCGGUGAGUUACUGAUGAGGAUGCUGAAAAUGUUGAUUCUCCCCCUGGUUGUCUCAAGCUUAAUGUCUGGGCUAGCAGCCCUGGAUGCCAAGACUUCCAGUCGAUUGGGUAUCAUAACCGUCACUUAUUACCUGUGGACAACAUUUGUGGCUGUGAUUGUGGGAAUAAUUAUGGUCUCCAUCAUUCAUCCUGGUGGGGCCGCACAGAAGGAGAGCACUGAGGAGGGUGGAAAGCCCAUCAUGAGCUCUGCAGAUGCACUGCUGGACUUAAUCCGGAACAUGUUUCCAGCCAACCUUGUUGAAGCCACAUUCAAGCAGUAUCGCACAAAGAGUAUUCCCAUCAUUAAAGCCAACAAAGCAUCAUCUGAAAGCACAACUCAUCGCAUUAUAAUAUAUGGAGUUCAAGAUGAGAAUGGAUCCAAUGUCCAGAAUUUUGCCUUGGACAUCACUCCUCCACCUGAAGUGAUUUACAAAUCAGAACCAGGCACGAGUGAUGGCAUGAAUGUGCUAGGGAUUGUCAUAUUCUCUGCAACAAUGGGUAUAAUGUUGGGAAGAAUGGGAAACAGUGGUGUUCCUUUGGUCAGCUUUUGUCAAUGUUUAAAUGAAUCUGUCAUGAAGAUAGUGGCAGUUGCUGUUUGGUACUUUCCAUUUGGAAUCGUGUUUCUAAUUGCUGGUAAAAUCUUAGAAAUGGAUGACCCUUCAGCCAUUGGGAAGAAGCUGGGGUUUUACGCCAUUACUGUAGUGUGCGGUCUGGUUGUGCACGGCCUGUUCAUUCUGCCAAUGAUGUACUUCUUUAUCACCAAGAAGAAUCCUAUUGUCUUUAUCAGAGGGAUUCUUCAAGCCUUGCUUAUUGCUCUGGCCACCUCCUCCAGUUCAGCCACGCUGCCUAUCACAUUCAAGUGCUUGCUGGAGAACAACCACGUAGACAGGAGGAUUGCAAGGUUCGUGCUGCCUGUGGGAGCCACCAUCAACAUGGAUGGGACUGCACUCUACGAAGCAGUGGCUGCCAUCUUCAUUGCACAAGUAAACAACUAUGAGCUGGAUUUUGGGCAAAUUAUUACUAUAAGCAUCACAGCGACAGCUGCCAGCAUAGGAGCUGCUGGUAUCCCCCAGGCUGGCCUGGUGACAAUGGUCAUUGUCCUGACCUCGGUCGGACUCCCAACGGAUGACAUCACACUGAUCAUUGCUGUUGACUGGGCGCUAGACCGGUUUAGAACAAUGAUCAAUGUCCUGGGAGAUGCCCUGGCUGCAGGGAUUAUGGCCCACAUCUGCCGGAAGGAGUUCAUCAAGGACGGUGAUGAGGUGCCACUGAUCUGUGAGACUAAACCUCUUAACAUCCACCCGAUUGUGGCUUACCAGAGAAACGGCUGUGUGAAGACCAUGAAUGAACCUCGUGGACCAGAAACAGUGAAAGAGUUGGAGCAGCACAUACCUGUACAAGUGGAGCAAGAAGAAAGCCCAGUGGAGAACCACACUAAGAAAUCCAACAGUAAAGACCACUGCACUAUUGAAAUAAAUGAACUAGAAACGAAUGUGUAACUGCUACACACAGUGGUAUCUCAUACCCCAGUGACCUGAUACCCAAUCUCUACCUCACAGCUGGGAGAGGGACUCUGCCUUGAACAGAAAAAUGUGGAAUUCUCGCCACUCUGCUUGUACUGGAGCGAGGGGACCAGCUGUGAACGUCAGGAAAGGCACACAGCUUGCAAGAGACAUGGGCUUCCUUAGGUGGAGGAUUUCAAUACUGAAAAACUAACUAACGGAUGGCUGCUGUUUUAUUCUGCACUCAUUUGACUCCAAUAUAGUAUUUGACACUCCUUUGGCUUCGUUUUUUUUAUUUUUUUUUAUUUGUCCCUUUCUGGUUUUCUAACCAAAGCCUUUUUUGUGAAUCUAAGUAAUUGCAAACACUGUAUUUAUAUCUUUUUUUGCUCUGUAAAAACGUUUCACCAAAACUGCUGAAGAUACUAAUUUUGUCUAGGAUUCUUUAUCUACAGACUUUGUGUUUAGUUUUAGAACAGCAGUAAGAAAAUCACACUGAUUUCCUGAUCUCAAAAUGUUGUACUUAUCACCAAACAACACUUCAAGCCAAGGUGAAGCAAAGUGUGCAUUUUUGCAAGCAAGCACAGCAAGGUAAUGCUGAGGGGCAGCUUUCAGAGACAGGCAUUCAAGUGUGAUACGUAACACCACGAUCCUAAGUCACUGAAGAGCACAGUUUGCCUUCCAAGUGCCAGAUUUAUGAACCUUUUUUUAACCUAACUCUUCAGUAGAGUCAGUACCAUGCACACACAGCGGCAGAGGCAGUGUGAGCCCAAAUCCAUAAGCACUGGUGCUAAUGCGUCCUCCCCUGCAGCCCAUAGGCCCUUCUGUGUAAAUAUGUACAAUCUGAAGCUCAAGCUCUUGAACUCUACACUUCACCCUAAGGGCAGACUGAACUCAAACUAGGACACGAUGCUGGCUAAUAUUGGGGUUUUGUGGGGAGUCUCCCAGGGAAACUGGACUGCUAUUUUUCGUGAUUCAGUUGUCAAACUACAUUGAAAGUUAUAUCCCUUGCAUAAUCUACUGAAUCAGUUGCAAUAAAGUCUGCUGAGUGCGUUUCCAAUGUUUGUGAUAGAGCACAUUUUUAAUAAAC